CUUUCCAGAGAGAACGUAUACCGUGACGCUGAAGUAGUAUCAACUAGUCCGGCGCGGCGCUCGCCCGACGCGGCGCGUUCCCUCAGCAUCAGCCUCAAGAGUCCAGCCAAGGCCAAGCCCGCCACGCCUGUCAAGAAGAUCGAUCUGGGUGCAGCAGCGACAUACGGCAAGACCGCUCCGACGCCGGCACCAACUCCCGCCACCAACAACUCGCAGGAACUAAUCGACGACCUGUUCAAGACUUGUGCGCCUACGCCGAGCAGUGGCAGCGCGUCGCUAGUGCUGGAAGACGACUUUGAUCCGAGAGCGGGCGAGCCAAAACCAGCGCCCAAAGACAACAGCGACUUCGGCGAGUUCACAGACGCGUUCGGAGCGCCGCCAGACUCCAACGAUGGCUUCGCGGACUUCUCAAGCGCAUUCACCAGCGCCCCAGCCCCCAAUCCAGCCCCUCUAUCUAUGGGGGCAGCCCCCCUAUCUAUGGGGGCAGCCCCCCUAUCGAUGGGGGCGGCGCCAUUAUCGAUGGGGGCGCCUCUUUCGCUCGGAACGCCUUUGUCAAUGAACACAGCCAACUUGAUAUCGGUGAACGCGCCCAGUUUGCAGCCGAUGUCUAUGCCUGUACAGAAUUCUGCGGCGUCGAACCUGGACCUCCUGAGCGAUCUGUCCACACCACCGCUAGCGCCAACGCUCAGCCCAUUAGAAGCCGCGCCUGCGCAGCUUGCCGCCGCGCUGCCGCCCGCGCCCGGUCAGUAAUACACACUAAAACCCGGUCCGUGAGCACGUA